AUGGGAAUUAGACCGGUCGUGCAUAACUAUUCUGGCGGCUUUUGGGGUCAGCCGACUUGUCAAUCCAAGCGAGACUAUGGCGUCACUCGAUACAUCGCCGAAUUCAUCAACACCUUGACCAAUCUCGUCUACGUCAUCUACGCAAUAUAUGGAAUCCGCAAAUUAUACAUGCAGCAGAACCCAAAGGCCAAUGCUUUCCGAACCAUCCCUUACUGGGGUCUCAUGACAGUGGUGGAUGACCUCUCAAUGCUAUUCACAACAACACCCGUCCUUCACCGAGUCUUGACCGUCAACUCCAGCCUGAAGACCUCAAUCAUCAUGGCAGUGGUCCUCGGCACUAGCCUCAUGGCUCUUGUUGUAUACCAUGUGAUAGCAGAUGAGCUUAUUGUGCAUUCUCUCAGCUUUGUCCUUUCUAUUGCUGUCAUUGGAAUUCGGACUAUACAGCUUAUAAAUGUCAGAACGGUCGAAGGAUCGGCUGCACGGAGGGAGAUUUGGGGGGUUGUGAGAUUCGGUGCAGUCAUCUUCCACAUGGGAUAUGCUGUAUGGAUAUUUGAUGGGUGGCAUAUUUUCACUGGUAUUGGAGCAUAUAUAUUUAUUGCGGUUAUCGAUCAUCUUGCGUCGGGUGAAGACGGACCCCAUGUCGAUAUGUAUCUCGCCUGGCCAGCUCCGUGGGCUUCUCGAUCUAUCUUUGCUGGAAGGCUCAAUACACUUCCUGCGAAUGUCGAUAAGAAAAGAGAAUAA